AUGGCUCCGUCAACCCCUGUGUCUGGAUUGUCUCUUCCAUGCCUGGUGCUGCUGCUUCUCCUGGAGAUCCCUGGGGCCGGGGCCGAGGAGUUCCAGCUGCUGCAGCCCCAGGGCGCCGUGUCGGUGUCACCGGGAGAGACUCUCACACUGAUCUGCUCUGUGACUGGGCUCCCUCCAGUAGGACCCGUGAAGUGGUUCAAGGACUCGGGCAGUGGCCGCCAGCUCGUUUAUGCAGACGUGGGAUCAUUCCCCCGGGUGACGCGGGCUGUGAGUGACUCUGACACAGACUUCACCAUCCGCAUCAGUGACACCCGCCCCGAGGACGCCGGGAUCUAUCACUGUGUGAAGUUUAGGAUGGGGUGGGGAGGCGCUGAGGAGAUCAGAUCCGGCGCUGGCACGGACGUGUUUGUGAGCGCCAGACCGUCGGCGCCGUCCGUGUCCGGCCCCCCCAGCAGGGCAGAGCCGGGUCCCCCAGUGACUUUCACCUGCACGUCAGGAGGAUUCUCCCCCACAGACAUCACUGUGACCUGGCUCAAAAAUGGGGCCAAACUCCCAGCCCCCCAGCCCCGGGUUCUCCCUGCAAACGAGAGCGUCUCUUACAGCGUGUCCAGCACCGUGGGGGUGAGCCUGACCGCAGGAGACACCCGCUCCCAGCUCACCUGUCAGAUAGAGCACAGCACCUUACCGGCUCCCCUGCGUGCGACUUACAACCUCAGCGAUGCCCUGCGAGUUCCACCCAGGCUGCGAGUGGACACUGCCCCAGCGGCGCCCGUCGCACUGAACGAGUCUGUGACGUUCACCUGCCGCGCAGAGGGGUUUUACCCGAAGGACGCGAGACUCACCUGGCUGGAGAACGGAAAUGAGAUGAAUCUGGGAAAAUCCUCCCCCCUGGCUGAGAAUCCAGACGGGACAUACACGCUCCAGAGCUCCCUGGAGGUCAAAGCAACUGAGCAGAGGAAUCAGUCCGUGUUCACCUGUCGGGUUGUGCAUGAUUCCCAGCCCCCCGUCAGUGCCAGCGUGACGCUGAGACUCUCCCAGCCAUCUCCUGAGCCAGGCAAGCAUGCCACUUCAUCUACUCCAGCAGGUCAGAGUCUGUUCUCCAGCCCCGCUCUCUGGAUCGGGCUCUUCCUGGAGAAGGUGCUGACUGCCGCCUUCCUCCUCUUCCUCUUCCUCUUCCUGAGAAGUAAACAGUAGCCAGCCCCUGCUCGAUUUCUCAGUUUUCUCGCACUGUCGCCACCUGCCAACUUCUCUGUCUGCAGCUUCUGUCCCCAUAGUGCAGGAAAUGAGUCCCUAGAUGGUGGAGCUGCAGUGACCCCUGAUGGCCAAUCAGAUGGAGCCCAGGCCCCUGAUGGGAUGUACCCACCACUCACUCAUGCCUGCUGAUUGCGAAGCUUCUGGAAGGACUCCUGACCGGGCUCCCUGCUCCUUUUAGCCCAUUGGUUCUCAAACUGGGGGUUGCGACCCGGUUGUGUGGGGCAUCGUGACCCCCAAUCCCUGCGCCUGGCUGCGAGCCCCAACCCCCAACUCCCAUGCGGAGCUGCGAGCCCCGACUCUGGCCAGGUGUGGUGUUGUGAUCCCCAACCCCAACCAGGAGUGGGGCUGUGAGCCCUGAGCUAGGGCAUCCAGGACGCUGGGAGCCCCGACCCCUGUACUGGGGUUGUCAGGCAGAGCCCGACCAUGCAGAGGGUUAUCAGCCGGGAGCGCCGCCAGGCACAAGGUUGUUAAUCCCCAGCCCUGCUACACACAGGGUUGUCAGCCCCAAGCCCCGCCACCCGCUGUGAGCCCAGCCAGGCGCUUGGUUGUGAGCCACCAUCAUCACCAUGUGCAGACCUCAGAGCCCCAAGCGCCU